UGCCAAGACAACGUUAUGGCGCUUUACGGUCCAACAUGGCGUCCCCCGUGUGCUGAGAGGUCGCUACAGAUAGAUGUUACGCCGUUGCUGUGUUUUUUAGAAGUUGUCACAUUUUCGGUGAAUUAUUAGUGUGUUAACCUGCGAUGGCGACAAAGGGGAGCGGGCUGCAAGCCAAGGUGAGCCGCAUGCUGAGCAAGGAUUUCGGGAAGCCGAUUCUGAAACCUAACAAGCCGCUGGCGCUGCGGAACGAGGUGGCAAAUAGGAAACUGCGACAGGGAGAGGCCUCCUGUCUGACGGAGAUGUCUGUGAUGAUGGCGUGCUGGAAGCAGAGCGAGUUCAACCACGCUGCCUGUACCCAGGAGGUGCAGGCUUUCCAAAGGUGCACGGCCCUCGCGCAGGCAGAGAGGAAAGCUCGGAUGGGCCAGGAGAGCAGUGGGCAGGGGGGCCGCCUACACCCCAAGCAAGCCAACACCCUGCUGAAACGACACCCCAACCUGUACCGUGAGAUCUAGGGGACCUCCUGGCUACAGGGAGGCAGGCAGGCAGGCAGACUGCAUGGGAGCCUCCCCUCACAGUUCUGCAAGCAAAUGAGACAGAGAAAGAGGGAGAGACCGCACCCCAAUCCUGACCUGAACACCCCCAGCCUGCCUUUCAGUCUUACAUGCCUCUCUCUCUCUCUCUCUCUCUCUCUCUCUCUCUCUCUCUCUCUCUCUCUCUCUCUCUCUCUCUCUCUCUCUCUCUCUCAUUUCAGCCAGAGACAGAAUUGUACCAUAAUUGUGAGGUGGUGUAGUGUAGUUGAGAGACCAUUGACCAGACUCAUUUCACCUGGGACUUGAGCCAACCUGGAUUUGAACCCAGGCCUCCAGAGGUGACAGGCAGGAGAGCAAGAGUCUAGUGAAUUAGUGUAACUGCCACAGGACAGAUUAGAAGGGAAGUACAAAAACAUAGCAGUGAAUGCUUUUUUUUUGUUUGUUUCUGGGCUUGAUUGAAUUUCUGUACACAUCUGCUAUCAUUUUCAAAUGUAACAUUAUAAGAUUGUUAUUUCUGAGUUAUAAUGUCUGGAACAUCAGUAGGCUUUUUUGAGUCAUUUAGUGUGGAGCAAUCAUGGGAACAGCACAGACCGACAGAAUUCAUUUGCAAGGUUGAGACAAUGGAAAUGCAGCUGUGUUGGAUUUGAACCCGAGUCUCUGGAGCUGAGUGAAGUGUGGCGGAUGUGUGACUGCCCCUCACCAGGCGUCCUCCCUUAAUGGAUUAAACCUGCCUCUAAAAGUAGCUGCCUUUACAUCACGUUCCACCGCCAGGGAUUGAAUUUGUGUGAGCUAAUUGUAUUAUGGAAGCAGAGAGAAAGCCCAGUUUCCAAAAGGCAGGUUGCUUUUUUCUAAGGAAAUUACUUGAUCAGAUUAUUUAUUUUGCCUACCGGGAAAACAGCCAUUUCUAAUUGUAAUUAUUUCAUUAAAAAAAAAAAAAAAACUCAACUACAUUAAGUGAAUUGGGCAUUUGACUAUCUGCUAAUGGGGUGCAUACCUCAACUCAAUCUCAACGAUCAGAGCGGUUUCUGUAUAUGAAAGAUACAGAUCAUGAGGAAUGACCUGUUUUCAUUCACGAUAUUGAAACAAUUAAGCUUUAGUAAUAAUAAAUAUAUAUAUAUAUAUAUAUAUAUAUAUAUAUAUAUAUAUAUAUAUAUAUAUACUGAUGCACGAUGAAAACGCAGCAGUCAAAGUUUUACAUCAAUAACUCAUUGGGCACAUACAUAAUGUUAUUUACAUUUUAAAAUAAUGAGCAGAUAGGUUUGUGGAUUGCUUGAGUAGUAUUGUUCCUUGAGAUCAAGUUAUGUGAUUUCAUAAAAACGCCAGGUGCUCAGUGUUUGGUAUUUAAGUUGAGAUAAAAUUGCCAAAAUGAGUUACCAAUCUGUAUAAAUAGCCAUUCGAAAAGACAUGAUUUUGAUUAACGCAAGAACAGCGAUUACAAUUGCACUACUUUAAGAAAACAAUGUCGAGGUCUUGCUGUGGCCAGCAUUUGACCUGAGUCCAAUAGAACAACUGUGCGACCAAAUCGCCAGUGCCAUCCACAGGAGACGACCGCGACCAGCCAACCUUCACCAGCUGCAGCUGCACAGGAAGAGUGGCAGAACAUCCCACAGCAGCCUAUGCAGAGGCUGAUCAGGUCUGCCAGGAUUGUGUUAAUGCUCAGGGAGGUCAUACCCGAUACUAUCUUUGUAAUGUUUUCAUUUUGACAGUGUGUCACGUUUCAUACUGAAAAUGUAUCGUGAUUCUUUGAUCUGAAUUUUUGUUCACAUGUUCUGUGAUUUUGUUUAUCUGUUUACAAUAUUUUAUUAAAUCCAUUAGACCUGA